GCAAUAAACCUCUGGCCUUUGGUCUUCAGCCCUAGCAAUUUUGGUUAAGCUAAGCAUACUAAUCAGAGUAAUCAUCGGCAGCGACUAAAGAGAGAGAGAGUAACGUUUGAACCUUCAGAUAUGGAAGGAGGUGAAAGAGGGAGCUCAGCGAUCCCUGAAUCUGUGAUGAGUUCAGUGAACACAACGCUAGUAAACGUUGAAAACCUGAGGACCCAUUUGCUCCAAUUCUUGUCUCUCUCUGACCCUGAUGUCCUUGCUGAAAUACCCCCUCUUCAACGCGCUCAAGCUUUCUUCACGCUUGCCAAAGCCACUACUACUCUCUUCGCCUUGAGGUUGAGAUGCAAUGGAGUGCACCCAGAUGACCAUCCUAUUAAAUCAGAGCUUGAGAGAUUAAGCUUGUACCAAGAGAAGUUAGAGCGGUUCAUAGACUUAAGUAAAGCACCAUUGCGACCUUCAACUACCUUGAACUCUCAGGCAGCAACCCGUUUCAUUGAGCAUUCAUUACCUGACCUGACUCCUGAGCAGAGACUAAGCAUGAGGCAAAUCAGUAAAGGAGAGGGACCAAGGAUCAAAUGCUCUGAUAGUAAUGUUCAAAAGAAGAGAAAAUAUCAAUCAUCUGAAAAGCAUUCUGUUCAAGAUGCUGCUAAAGAAUUCCUUGAGAAGGCAGCCCGUGAGCUUUUCGGUGAUAAAAAAGAUGGUUUUAAGGGGCCUCUACAGGUUGAUGCUUCAGAUGUUGACCUGCCACCGAGCUGAUCCUCCUGUUAAUCGUGUUUCUUGUUCAGCUGUAUCAGCUACUGGAAGCCAGUGAAAGAAGCCAACUCUACUUAUGCUGUUACUCUUUUUUGUCUCACAGUUUCUGGUUCCUUGUACCGGCCACCAGCAGGAAUUGAAAGAAUCCAGCUGUGAUUAUGUUGUUACACUUUUUGGUCUCACAAGUUCUGGUUGUAUUGGCUACCGAUAGCAAGUUUAGUUUACAACUUGCAGUUUACAGAAUUUGAA